AUGAGAGUGACCACUUCUGUCGUUGUCCUCGGUUCACUGGCCUCGGCGGUGGCUGCUGCUGCCGCUGCUGCCGGUAGCUUCCAGUUCCCAGAGUCCGUACCUCUGCACAGCCGUCAGACCCAGGGGCCCUCAUACCAGUGCCAUGCCAACUGCGGCUACGCCAUCCAGAACUCGGUCAGGGAGGGAUAUUGCAAUGACGACGCCUGGCUGGACCUCCUCGACGGCUGCCUUGACUGUGCGCUUGAGUAUAACAUCUGGCAGCAUUACGGCAACAAGGUCGGCGCCGCUGCCGAGAAAUGUGGUCUCGACGCCAGUCCCAGGCAGCCUGGCAAUGGUCAGUCAAGCGCCGCUCCCACCUCGGCGGCCCCUGCGACGACGGUCACCGGAACGUCGUCGGCCGUCGUCGUUCAGCCCACGACGGCCACCGGAGCGUCUUCCGCCGUCAUCGUUCAGCCCACAACGGCCACUGGAGCAUCUUCGGCUGUCGUCGUUCAACCCACGACAGCUGUGAGCUCGGCUCUUCGGCCAAGCCCCCCUAGCUUCUCGCCGACGAAGGUGUCGACGAUCGCUGGCAGCGGCGUUACUACCUCUGCUUCGGCACCCGUCACUCGCAUCGGUCACGGCAACACAACCGCCAGUGCGCCUUCCAGCUCCGUUACUGUAUCGGCGGGAAGCUCGCGCGCCAUUGAUGGCGUUCAUCCACGCAUGCUCCUUGCUUUCGGUGCGGCUUGGUUUGUUACCCGCCUGUAUUAA